AUCUAAAACUUAAGAUAUUAACUUAUUGUUUAUUGAACUGUUAUAUAAAAGCAUUGUGAAGCUAAAGUGAAAACAGAACUGUUUCAGCAGACUCCCAUUUUGUGAAAGGAAAAAUACGAACGACACCAGGAGAGAAAAGCUGUUUGCAAAAAAUGUAAACCAGUUUAUGAACUGUAGAUCAGUUUAUUUCUGUUAUCUAGAAAAAUAAUGGAUUUAUGAACUGAAUGGAGGUUGUUUGAUGAUCUAUUUACAAAGAUGUAACUGACCUGCACUUGAAGUCCUGAACAGGAAAGUUUUUCCUCUCUUCCACUCCAUUUUCGAGUGUCGCCCAACCCAGUUUUCCAGCACUGCCUGUAAAAUGAGCCUCUAUGAGAAGAAAGAGGAGGAGGAGGAUGUUCACACAUAUAAAGCAGAACCUUCUGAACCCAGCUGUGUGUCUGUGAAGAAUAAUGCAUCCAUGCACCAGCCUAAUAAUUUCAGUGAUGGAGCAGUGACCUCUGACCCUGACACACUUACAAGAUGGAAGUGGGGGAAAAAAGGAGGAGGAGAAAGCAUAUGCAAGCACUGCCUACAAAAUGGGUCACUGUGAGAAGAAAGAGGAGGAGGAGGAUGAUGUUCACACACAUAAAGCAGCAUCUCCAGAACCCAGCUGUGUGUCUGUGAAGAGUGAUGUAUCCAUGCACCAGCCUUUUAAUUUCAGUGAUGGAGCAGUGACUUCUGACACUGAUGUGAUGCGAGAGGAUGUGUUCAAAUUACUGCCCGUUUUGACCAGCGUUGACAUACAGGGAGUCAAAGACCAACACAAAACUAGCAUGAAAAACAAGUAUGAGAGAUUAUUUGAGGGAAUCAAACUAGAAGAGAAUCAAACCUUCCUGAACAGGAUCUACACACAGCUCUACAUCAUAGAGGGAGAGAGUGAAGGGGUGAAUAAAGAACAUGAGGUUUUGCAGAUGGAGAAAACAGCCAGAACACAAGACACUCCAAUCUACUGCAAUGACAUCUUUAAACCCUUACAUCAACCAGGAUAUAAGAAGCAAAGAAAGCAGAAAAAAGACAAAAUCAAGACUGUUCUUACUAAAGGCAUUGCUGGAAUUGGAAAAACCGUCUCUGUGCAGAAGUUCAUUCUAGACUGGACUGAGGGAGAAGCCAAUCAGAAUGUAGAUUUCAUGUUUGUGCUUCCAUUUCGAGAGCUGAACUUGAUUAAAGAUCACCAGUACAGUCUUCACAGACUUCUGCUGGACUUUCAUCCUGAACUUCAAGAUGUGAGCUCAGAGAUUUAUGAGGAGUGUGAAGUUGUGUUUAUCUUUGAUGGUCUGGAUGAAAGCAGAAUUACACUGAAUGUUUCAAAUGAUGAUGAUGAUGAGAAAGUUAGUGAUGUGAAUGAGUCUUCAUCAGUGGGUGUGUUGAUGUCAAACCUCAUCAGAGGAGAGCUGCUUCCCUCUGCUUUCAUCUGGAUCACCUCCAGACCAGCAGCAGCCAAUCACAUCCACUCAAAAUACAUCAACCGUCUGACGGAAAUUCAGGGAUUCAAUGAGCAUCAAAAGGAGGAAUAUUUUAGGAAGAGAAUCAGUGAUGAGCAUCAAGCCAGCAGAAUCAUCUCACACAUUAGAAGAUCAAGGAGCUUUCACAUCAUGUGUCACAUACCCAUCUUCUGCUGGAUCUCAGCCACUGUGCUUCAAAACCUCCUGGAACAAGAUGACAGUGCAGAAAUCCCUCAAACUCUGACUGAAAUGUACAUCCACUUCCUGCUGACUCAGAUCAACAUGAGCAAUCAGAAGUAUGAUGAGAGAGAUCCGGAAAAACUCCUGCAGUCCAACAGAGACGUGAUUGUGAAACUUGCUGAACUGGCUUUGAAUCAGCUGAUGAAGGGCAAUGUGAUGUUCUAUGAGGAGGACCUGAUUGAGAGCGGCAUAGAUGUGACUGACACCUCAGUUUAUUCUGGGAUUUGCAGUGAGAUUUUUAAGGAGGAAUCUGUGAUUCAUCAGAGAAAAGUUUACUGCUUUAUACAUCUGAGCUUUCAGGAGUUUCUAGCUGCUUUCUUUGUGUUUUACUCUCAUACAGUCAAGAAUGAUAAAUUACUUAGGUUGUUUCUGAGUGAAAUACACAGUUGGCAAAACUCUCUUUAUGAGGUAUUAGAAGCCAUAGUUAUUAAAUCCUUAUGGAGUAAAAAUGGACAUCUGGAUCUUUUCCUGCGGUUCCUGCUGGGUGUCUCACUGGAGUCCAAUCAGAGGCUUUUAAUGGAUCUAUUGACACAGACAGUAAACAGCUCAGAGACCAUCAUGAGUAUCAGACAGUACAUUAAAGACACUGAAGAUCACACUGAUGAAUUCCUUAACAUUAAACUUAAAACUUAUGCUGAACAUCUCUCAGCUGACAGAUGCAUCAAUCUGUUUCUCUGUCUGCUGGAAAUGAAGGAUCAGACUCUAUACAGAGAGAUUCAGGAGUUUGUGAAAUCUGAGAAUCACUCAGUGAAUCAACUCUUUCCAUCUCACUGCUCAACAAUAGCCUACUUGAUUCAGAUAUCAGAGGAGGUGCUGGAUGAGUUUGAAUUGAAGAAAUACAAUACAUCAGAUGAGGGUAGAAGGAGACUGAUACCAGCUGUGGUGAACUGCAGAAAAGCUCUAUUUGCUGACUGUAAUCUCACUGGUCAUUGCUGUAAAAGUUUGUCGUCAUCUCUACAAUCAUCAAACUCACUGAGAAAGCUGGAUCUGAGCAACAAUGACCUGUCAGAUUCAGGUGUGAAGCAUCUGUUUGAUGGAAUGAAGAGUUCACACUGUCAGCUCAGCAUACUGAGAUUGUCUGGCUGUAAUCUCACUGGUCAGUGCUGUGAACAUUUGUCUUUAUCUCUACAAUCAUCAAAUUCACUGAGAGAGCUGGACCUGAGUCACAAUGACCUGCAGGAUUCAGGAGUGAAGCUUCUGUCAGAUGGAAUGAAGAGUUCACAGUGUCAACUCAACAUACUGAGAUUAUCUGGCUGUAUGGUGACAGAGGAAGGUUGUUGUUAUUUGGCUUCAGCUCUGAGUUCAAACCCCUCACACCUGAGAGAGCUGGAUCUGAGCUACAAUCACCCAGGACAAUCAUUAGUCAAGCUGCUCUCUGAUCCAAACUACAGACUGGAGAGACUCAGUGUGGAUCAUGGAGGAGAGUUCAGGAUUACAACAGGACCACAUAAAUAUGCAUGUGAUCUCACAUUGGAUUCAAACACAGCAAGCCCUCAUCUCACUUUUUCCGAGAGGAACAGAAAGGUGACACGUGUAGAUGUAAAGCAGCUAUAUCCUGAUCAUCCAGAACGAUUUUAUGAGUACAGUCCUCAGGUUCUGUGUAGAGAGAGUCUGACUGGACACUGUUACUGGGAGGCUGAAUGGAGCAAGAAAAUUGAGGUUUUCAUAUCAGUGACAUGUAAAGGAAUCAGCAGGAAAGAAUGGAGCAAUGACUAUAGGUUUGGAUGCAGUGGGAAGUCCUGGUGUCUGAACUGUACUGAUGACAGUUUAACCGCCAGGCACAAUAAUGAAAACACAUAUAUAUCUGUCUCUUCAUUCUCUCACAGAGUAGGAGUGUAUCUGAACUCACCAGCUGGUCGUCUGUCCUUUUACAGUGUCUCUGACACACAUGAACUCACACACUUACACACAUUCAAGAGCACAUUCACUGAACCCCUCUAUGCUGGAUUUAAGUGUUAUUAUACUGACAGUUCAGUCUCUCUGUGUAAGAUUAAACAGCUUCCUGUAGGAAAUAACUGAGAAAGAAACACACUCACAUUAUCUCUGUCUUUAACUCACACAGCUGUAAACUUUUUCUCUCUUUCUAAUCUUAAUUUCUGUCUGUAUAUAGAAACACACACAUUAACUUCAGUCAUGAUGAGACAGACCACAGAUUUGUAUGCAGCUCAACAGUCUCUGAGCACCACCUGGAGGAAGAUUUACUUUAUUGCUCACAGGAAACUGCCGAGGGAGCAAUCAGUGGCAGGAUAAGUUUGUUUUAUAAAGUCCUGAUCUAGACUGUAUGUUUGCAAUUACGUACAUUAUUAAGUCACUGUUAUUUCUAUAGUGCUUUAUACAAUGUAGAUUGUUUCAAAGCAGAUUUUCAGGGAUACACUAGAAAAUAAUGAUUCUGUGAUGCAACAGAGAUCAAUUCUGCUGUAAA